CGGGGGAACUGGAGCUCGCGCGAGCAGAGAGAGAGCUGCGUCGCUGUCAGUGCGCGAGCUCAGCACAUCGCCUCAGAGUAACGGUUUUUUUCCUCCUUCUUCUCCUCAGGCUUCUGUGGUAAAGAAAAAAAAAACAAUUUCUGAAAAAUACGGUGUUUUCUCAGUGAUUUAUUUAUAAUAUUUAUUUAUUGUGUGAGCUUCCUGUGAAGUGGGGAAUACAUCGCCGUUUUCUUCGACCGAGAAAGCAGGGAUGUAGCGGUUAAAAAAUAGGAGGAUGCUGCUAACGCUCUGAGAUAGGGGAUAUAAAGCUCGGAGAUGAUGCAGCUGUGGUGUUUAAGGCACAAUGGAGGCUGAAGGGAAAAUCCUGAGGCUACAGAAAUGACCUCUCAGCAUCAUCCUCCUCAUCAUCUACUACACCUCUAAACGCAGAAGCGCUGAGAUCGGACCGGCUCUAAUCUAGUCAGAUCUGAUCUGAUCAGAUCUGCGGAACGUUUGUUUUAUUGAUUGAUUAAUUUAUUUUUGGUAAAUGGCUGCGGCACGGAAAAUCAAAACUUUGCUGACGGUGAACAUCCUGGUGUUCGUCGGCAUCGUGUUGUUCUCGGUGUACUGCCGGAUCCAGGACCGGUCCGAGGAGCUCGUGCAGCUCGGCAGGUCUGCGGAGGCGCGCGCUCGGACCCGACACGGCAAAGUUACCGAGACGGACCGGCAGUCCAUCCUGCAGAGGCUGGAGAGGCUGGAGGACGUGGUGUACAACCAGCUCAACGGCGUGUCGAAGGCGAUGGGGCUGCUGGAGGGUCCUGGAGGUCUCGGGCAGGGCGGAGCUGCAGCCACACUUGGGGGUGAAAGUCCAGAAGGCGGGGGCAAAUACGAAGAGUACGGCUACAACGCUCAGCUCAGCGAGCGCAUCUCCCUCGACAGGAACAUCCCCGACUACAGGCCUAAAAAGUGUAAACAGCUGGCGUAUCCUGACGGCCUGCCGCAGAUCUCGGUGGUGUUUAUCUUUGUGAAUGAAGCUCUGUCGGUGAUCCUGCGCUCCGUCCACAGCGUGGUCAAUCACACGCCUGCUCACCUGCUCAAGGAGAUCAUCCUGGUGGACGACAACAGCGACAGCGUGGAGCUGAAGUAUAACCUGGAUCAGUACGUGAAUAAACGUUAUCCUGGAUUAGUGAAGAUCGUGAGGAACUCGAAGAGGGAAGGACUGAUCCGCGCUCGGAUUCACGGCUGGAACGCUGCUACGGCGCCUGUAGUCGGCUUCUUCGACGCACAUGUGGAGUUUAACACGGCCUGGGCCGAGCCGAUCCUGUCCCGGAUAAAAGAAGACCGCACUCGGAUAAUCCUGCCUGCGAUAGAUAACAUCAAAUACAACACCUUCGAGGUGCAGCAGUACGCUAACGCCGCUCACGGCUACAACUGGGGCCUGUGGUGCAUGUACAUCAUCCCUCCUCAGGAUUGGCUGGAUAAAGGAGACGAGACCGCCCCCAUCAGGACUCCUGCGAUGAUUGGCUGCUCGUUCGUGGUGGAUCGGGAGUAUUUUGGAGAAAUCGGCCUCCUGGAUCCAGGCAUGGAGGUUUACGGAGGAGAGAAUAUUGAGCUGGGGAUGAGGGUGUGGCAGUGCGGGGGCAGUAUGGAGGUUUUACCCUGUGCCCGGGUCGCUCACAUUGAACGCACUAAGAAGCCCUACAACAACGACAUCGACUACUACGCCAAGCGGAACGCCCUGAGGGCCGCCGAAGUCUGGAUGGAUGAGUUCAAGUCCCAUGUCUACAUGGCCUGGAACAUCCCCAUGAAUAAUCCCGGCGUGGAUUUCGGAGACGUGUCGGAGCGAGUGGCACUGAGGAACAGACUGAAGUGUAAGAGCUUCCGCUGGUACCUGCAGCACGUUUACCCUGAGAUGAGGAUCUACAACAACACCAUCACUUACGGCGAGGUGAGGAACAGUAAAGCGAGUGGUUAUUGCCUGGAUCAAGGCUCAGAGGAUGAUAACAGAGCAAUACUUUACCCCUGUCACGGCAUGUCAUCUCAGUUAGCUCGGUACUCUACAGAGGGACUGUUGCAGUUAGGACCCCUGGGCUCUACCACAUUUUUACCAGACACUAAAUGUCUGAUUGACGAUGGGCGGGGUCGAACGCCGAGCCUAAAGAAAUGUGACGCAGUGUCACGAUCCUCACAGAGACUUUGGGAUUUCACACAGAACGGUCCGAUCAUAAACAGAGACACUGGCCGCUGUCUGGAAGUGGAGAUGUCUAAGGAAGCGAGUUUUGGGCUGCGGUUGGUUAUGCAGCGCUGCUCGGGACAGAAGUGGAUGAUUCGGAACUGGAUUAAACACCCCAGACACUGAGGGAGCUGAUGAACACACUGCCUCCUCUCUGUCUGCGUGACGGACUGACGCCUCAGCGGUCGGCCUGGGCACGGCGGUGUGUGUGUGUGUGAGAGCGUGCUCGGCCCGGACGCCGCAUCAGGCUGAGACGCUUUCUCAUCUCGUCAAGACGAGACGGCAAAGACGUAAAAACAAUCAUAUUUAGGAGUUAAUUGUUGAAGAGGAAGCUCUGGAGGAAUGCACAUGGUUUGCACAGUCAGCGUUUCCAAACAGACUGCUGCUGGAGUUAAUGAUAAAUUAACUACUGUUAUAGACUUACAGACUCAAACACAACAUUCUAAAAUUACAAAUACGCAAAACUCGUCAACGCUUUUCAAACCGCUCCAGUUCUGCUCUCGACUUCUCCCUCCAUCUUCCCUCGGGUGAAUCCUUCAGUCCCGUCUCAUGCCAUGAUCAGCUGUUCGGCGAGGGGUCAAGUCACGUCACUGUUUAAUCCCAACACCAGCUAACACACACUCUAACUAGCUAACACACAUGCUAACUAGCUAACACACACACACAUAAAACACAAAGCACACGUACUAACAUGUACUAACACUGUGUAACCCUGCGUUCACACUAGCAAGCGACAAAGCACCAGGUUCAUGUUUCGUGUAAGUGCGAAAAGCAACGUUUUAAUUUACGAUUAGUCACGAAUCGAAUGAUCCGAUUUCUUCCUAAAUGUCUACUCUUUACACUUUAGUUCGUAUCGGAGCGUACUGUAUCUGUAAAGCUGCUUUGUGAGAAUAUAAAUAAAAUCGAAUAUAAUUGAAUCAAAUCAGCGCUUAAGUCCCAUUUGACCGCAUUCGUCACUCAGAAACAGAUGAAAAGUCAGAGUCGUAUAUUUUCCUGGGUUUAUUUGUGAUAUCAGUGACGUUGAUGCUGAUGUUUAUGAACUUAUUGUUACAGUGUGUUUCCUGCUAUUUCAUACCUAAAAACACGACAAGCCACGCCCACAAUAAGUGCUGCGUAGCCUAGCUGACUAAUAGAGUCGCAAUUCUACAGUCAAAUGCACGUCGUGUAAGUCUGCGCUGGGGAAAGUCUUUUUCUUUCUUUUUGUUUUGUUUUAACUGAAGGUUAAAGGUCACUUUCGUAUCACUUCGCAAGACUGUUGCUGCGUCUCAAUUCGCCUUCUAUCCGUCCUAAAUAGUGUCCGAGGUUAGAAUUAUCGUGUCCCAAAAUCGCAGUAUGUUAAAAUGAGUGUGGAUCCGUGGACACUUUUUCAGCUUUUUUUUUACCCACAAUUCCUUUGCACGAAGGAGGAGGAGGAGUUUUGUGACGGAUCGCGUCACCGGAUUCAAGGACGUGUUUUAGAGAGGUGUAAAUGAAAUGUGGAAAAAGAAAUCACAGGAAUGGUAAAUUAAAUGAUACAGUAUAAACGAUAUCAGGAAUAAUGAAUGAAGAAAAGCUGAAAUGCGACGAGGAGUUUGUUUACGGCGACGGCGUGCGUAACCUAGGCAACAACGUUCCUGACGUGUUAGUUAGUACGUCCCAGUACUCGCAUUUUGCUCUUUUGCUACACACUCAGAAGUAUGUACUUUUUCUUUUUCUUCACAGAAAGGAGUAAAUAGUUCUAGUGCGCAGUAUAAGUAGGCGAACUGAGACGCAGGAAGUGGUUUUAAACGUAAUCAGCACAGACAGGUGUCAGGUGUGUCACGCUAAUAAUCUCUUCCUCAAACACUCCUGCUGCAGACUCCUGCUAAUGUCAUCCAGCUACAAUCAGCAUUUAACUGCACGAAUAAAACAACCUAAAAGAAUAAAGCUAUCCUUAAUCAGUGUUUGCUUUAACUAUGGAAAAGAUGAAAGUUUUUAUUACUGUUAACUCCAAACCCACAAGCGACAAACUGUCGUCAGUAUGAGCUAGCAUGAACGCAGGGUAACACUACAGCAUCAAGGGUCUUUCACACAGAUAUGAAAGAUCUGGUCCACCUGAGGUCAAGGCUGAGAAAGCCCAAAAACACAUUAACACUAUAACACUAGCAUACAUUAAAAACACUCUAACACACACACACUGCAUCACUGUUAGAGCAAACAGAGUGUAAACAGCUUCAUCAUUAUCACCAGCUGAACCCACAUAUGUGAAAACCUGCUGCGAUUUGUUUUUACACCUCCAAUCCUUUUAACUCUGACGAGGAGCAGGAAUAAAACUCGACUGUAACACGGCCAAGUCUGAAACGUUUUACACCUGGCAUCAACACUGGCAUUCGUUUUGCUUCCUGCUAACACUAUGCUUAAUGAAACAGUGUUAAUUUAGGGCUUUUAAGUGUCAUAUAUCAGAGAUUUCUCAUUUUAAUUACACAUUCAUCAGCAAAAUUCUUACACAAUGGGUUGUGUUUAUAUUUACAGUCGGGCCUUUAGAUAUAUUUUAUACAUCGGUUUAGAUGAUGGUCAAAGAGUGUGUAUGUUCAUGCACUUCUCAUUCAUUCAUUCAUUCAUUCAUUCAUUCAUUCUUUCAUCUCUUACCCCAAAAUGUAGUUGAUCAGCUGAGACAUGUUCUAUUUGCUUCUUUAGUUUUGCUCUGCAGCUCUGUGACUUAGCUAUGCAGUAUGCACAAUGAUAAAUUGGACACUCACAUGUAUUAUUUGUUAGCUACUUUACCCUUAUAGCUCUAGCGCAAGCCACGAAGCUGACAUGUUUUAUCCGAUCAGCUACAUUUGUGGUACAGAUGGACAUUGUACCUGUUUUGUUUCAGGCCAAGUUAUUCUUCUAAAUGUUUGUAUCGUUUCAUCAUAUAAAUCCUUUCAUCAUAUUGAGGUAUUGGGUAAUGUUUAAGAAAACGCCUUUUCGUAGUGACAUCGCAUUUACAUUUACGACGUCCUUCUUAAGUGACCGUGACGGAAUGACGGCUGAGACGGAUGCAGAUGCAGGGAAGAGUUUAAAGUUAAGAUAGUUAAGAGUUUUAUGUAAUGAGCAGGCGGACAAAUCCAAAACGUGAAUCAAAAUAAAUAAAAGAAACGAUACACAGGCAGAGGUCAGGCGAUGAUCAAACGACAAUAUCAGGGAUAAUCCAAUCACACGAACGAGGAAACGAAACUAGAUCACGACCCGGAGUAUCGUAACACAACGGAAAGCCUCGUUACGAUCAGACAGGCGAACGCCGUGCAAUACUUCUCCUGGAACAGAGAAACUCGAGGAUUUAAAUGCACAAAGAACUCAAGUGACUGAAAACAAGUCAACACGAAGGAGACAACCAGUGACAGGAGACAAGACAUGAAUAAAUAAAAAAACACUCGUGGCAACGUAAACAAACGCAUGACAAGACGGAAGAGUGCGCCGUAGCGCUGCGGGUCGCUAUGCGCUCGGCGUAACAGUCACAAGAAAUCAGUCAGCUGCUGAUUGAUGUAUCAGUCUCCUACUGUUAAAGCUUGUUUAUCUGACCUGAGCCAUCAUCAUCCACCACAUCAGCAGAAAAUAUACAUUAAAUCACAAAUAUUCUAAAGUAAACGCAGCUUCAACCACUAAACAAAAUGCAAGGCAUAACACCAGCAUGUCGACACCAUCAUCGCCACGCAAGCGUUAAUGCGAAGACGUAAUGUUUUAUUCGAGGUGCAGGUUCAUACCGGUUUAUUUCCCUUUCUAUACUGUGAACUCAAAACCACUUCAAAUCACUUUCUUAAUUUGUUAUUCCUUACGCGUCCUGCUUUAUGUGUUCACCCCGUCAUGAGUUGGUCCACCCUCUUUAUUUGUGUUAUCACACAACUGCAAUAAGCGUGUGGGUGUGUGACGGGGUGGACAUGUUGCGUGGUUUAUUCCCGGAGUUUUGAUCGGGCCGUAAUUAUUAGACGGAAAGGAAAGUAAAACAGCAGUAUAUUAGUGUAUCGCGAUGACCGGAAGGUAGUUUAAGGUGAUUAUUAUGUAAUAAGUUAAAAAUUAUACACUCAUUUACUACCUUGAAGUGAUAAAUCUGUGCUAAAACAUUUACACCGUUGUUCAGCUGCACUCUUUUCAAUCUCAGAAUAAACCCAAUAAUAACAAGGUCAUCGCUUCAUAAAGAGACAGCGUUCAUUUCACACACAUUUCACUCCGCAAUAGAUUUUACUGAAUGCGGAAGAAUUCACAGGUUCAAGCGUUAACGGGUUUAAGGUUUUAUUUUUUACCAAAAUGUUUUGACCUUGUGAACAGAUUUAAGACUGUGAUCAUUACAAUAAAGGAAUUUGAUCUUGUAAAAUAUUUUGAGGUUGUUAAUAGAAUUUGAACUUGUAAAGAGAUAUUCACAACAAAUAUUUAAGCUUGUAAAAAGUUUUUUUUAAUGUUGGAAAGAGAUUUAGAACUUGUAAGACGAAAAAAAAAAAAAAGAUCUUGGGCUUGUAAAAUGAUGACAAAUGUAUUAAAAGCUGCGGUUGUUUUCAAACUGCUGCGUAAAUGUAAUUUGUUUCGUAGAUGAACAUCAGUGAAGAGGUGAUUGGUAGAACUCUGAUCGUGCACACAUCUCUGCUUCUGCUUCUUGUUUGCUUGCAAUUAUGGAUUUAUGUCCCAAUGAGAAGGCCAUGCUAACACUGUCCAAUCAGGAGAUGACCCUGAAUAUCCAGAGAGGUGUGACUUGUGGAUGAAAAUCCUUCUCUUUCAUGGUGAGUCCCUGCAGAGAACCAGGUCAGUUUCAAUACUAAUGUAACUACCACUUUCACAGCUGGUUAUCCAUGUAACAAAGUUAGCUACGGUGAAAUCUGUAGAAUAUUAUAAACCUGUUUAGACCUUUCGAGUUCCAGGAUACAUCGGCAGGACCUAAUUGACCCUGUUCCUCACAACGUAGGUGUUAUCUACGUGUGGUUCCUCACACGGGGCACCAGUAGAGUAGGUCCUGUUCCUCACACGGGGCACUAGCAACAUACGUGCUGUUCCUCACACCAGUAAUGGAGGUGCUGUUCCUCACGCGGAGGACUAGGACUGUUCCUCACACCAGUAAUGGAGGUGCUGUUCCUCACACCAGUAAUGGAGGUGCUGUUCCUCACACCAGUAAUGGAGGUGCUGUUCUUCACACCAGUAAUGGAGGUGCUGUUCCUCACACCAGUAAUGGAGGUGCUGUUCUUCACACCAGUAAUGGAGGUGCUGUUCUUCACACCAGUAAUGGAGGUGCUGUUCCUCACACCAGUAAUGGAGGUGCUGUUCCUCACACCAGUGAUGGAGGUGCUGUUCCUCACACCAGUAAUGGAGGUGCUGUUCCUCACACCAGUGAUGGAGGUGCUGUUCUUCACACCAGUAAUGGAGGUGCUGUUCUUUAUACAGUGCACCUAUGAGGAAAUGAUGCUCUAUAAUAUUUAUGCAUAUUAAUAAUUUCAUUUAAGAACUAGAUACAAACAAUUUGUGUCAUUUGUGUUCUGUAUAUAAACAAGCUGUGUGCAAGCCUGCUCUGCUGUGUGUGUGUGUGUGUGUGUGUGUGUGUGUGUGUGUGUGUGUGUGUGCGGAUCUGUGUAAGAACAUUUUUGACUGAGAAUGUCAUGCUGCCACUGCCGUAAAAGGGCCACUGGGAAUUAUGCAAAUUAGUUCUGCCAAUGUCAUCCAAUCAGUUAAGGUUCUUUCUGCAUCAUGAGAAGUGACAGUUGUAACGGCUGCGUCUCGAAGCACCAAGCGAAAUAAAACAGCGAUGACUUUGAUGUGAAGAGGGGAAAUUAUGUUUCUCACUUUAUCCUUUCCAGUACUGCUCUUUCCUGACAUUUUUACUUCUAUAAACGUUGCACAAAUCCAUAUCUGCUUGUCAGGAGUCUAACACAAACAUUAGACUCCUGUCAGGUUAAUGGGUCAUUCUGGGAGAAUUAAAUAUCCACAAUGUCCCUUUAAGUCCAAAUUUACCACAGGCAGGACCACAGAUACGUAGAUCCCGGCGGACUGGAUCCCAGCAGUGUUGCAGAAGAAGAUCCACUUUCCUGAGACACAGUGUUCUGGAAAUAGAGUGACUUUGUUUACUUUGUGUUAUUGAGCACACCCUGUGAUGCAGUACCGGCUCACGAGAGCUUCUAUCACAUCCCAGCAUUAAUCAGGUAGCACUCAGAAUUUCACCUUCACCUUUUUUUGCUCAUCUUCAUUAAGAAGUCACUGUUAAACAAUACGUACGAUUGUGUUAUGAAUAAUAAACUGGUCCAAAUCGGAGUGUAAGUGAUGCUGAUUAAAAGACUGUCAUGUAGAACAGCUUAAAAAAUACAGAUUCUAGAUCCUGGAUUCUGAUUGGUCAGAAAAUGUUGAUUAAUUUUCUAUAACAGCAGCUCUGAAGGUAGUGCAGAUUUCUAUUAAUGCGCUCGUUCUGAUAUGUUAUCGUUUCUGUAGUAACAGCUCGCUCACGGGGCGCGUAUGAAGGAUGUUCUACAUAAACAUUAAAAAAUGUGUUACUUAACAAAGAAAAUGUAAAAUCAUUGAUAUGCAGGAAACUUCUUCAGAGAAACUUCUUCAGGAAACUUCUUCAGAAAUUUAGGAUUGAAUUCAGUGGCUCUCGUGGGAUUUGAACACACAACCAUCUGGUGUUACAGCACCAUAACAUCUGCACUACUGAUUCGUGCUGUUUUUGGUGCAAGAAUACAAAACCUGUUCUUUCUCAAGCCAGGAGGAUGGAGGUGUUGUCUGGAUUCUGAUAGGAGCUUAUUAUUAGGAGCGUAAUAAAUAAUAAAAGGGCGAGUAGAAGAUUAAUCGCAGAGCAUUGAUAAAUCAUUAAAACCGCAGGUGUAGAACAAAAUGACCUGCGCUGAGGUCAUUGAUUACUCCAGCUGCUCGAUAGAGUUUUUAUCUUCUAAUGCAGUUUGUGCGAUUGUGAUUAAUAGUUUCAUCGUAUAGAAUCUGAAACAGCGAGAGACUCAGUAAACAAACUGCAGUGUAGUCGACUACAUCAUGCUAACAGCUGUUAAAGCGCCACUUUAGCCUUUCACGACUUUGAACACAUUCUUAUCAUCAUUUAAUUUACAUUUUCUAAGAAGAACAUGUUUAUAAUGACCUAUAAACACAUAACAUGGUAUAAUGCUUUCAUAAGGGUUUAUACACAUAACUUAGCAGCUUCUCUGGGAACUUUUUUCAGUCCUACAGGAACUCAGGGAGUUCUACAGGAACUCAGGUAGUUCUACAGGAACUCAGGUACUUCUACAGGAACUUACGUAGUUCUACAGGAACUUCAGUAAUUCUACAAGAACUUCAGUAAUUCUGCAGGAACUCAGGAAGUUCUACAGGAACUCAGGUAAUUCUACAGGAACUCAGGUAAUUCUACAGGAACUCAGGUAAUU